AUGCAACAGCAGUUGGGGUACUACGCAAACCCCGAGAGGGAGGAGCUGUGGCAGGAAGUCAUCAAUAAAACGGCACUUCGCAACGCCGCACAGGAACGUCUACGGGGGCUGAUGCGGGAGGUAAAGGCGAAGCAAGAGGAGCUGGAGCAGGUGCAGGAUCAGAUCAGUGCUCUUUUGAGCAUUGGGCAGUAUGUGGGUGAGAUACUUCGACAGGUAGAUGAGGAACGUUACAUUGUGCAAAGUAUCUCAGGCGCGCGCCAUCUUGUUGGGUACAAAAAAAGCAUCAAACCAGAGAAAUUGAAAUUUGGCACCCGCGUGGCUUUAGAGAUUACCACCCUGACCAUUGUUAAGGUGCUGCCGCGUGCGGUCGAUCCUCAGGUCUACAACAUGCAAAUUAUGGGGGAUGAUAAAAAUGUUUCCUUCCAAGAAAUUGGAGGGCUACAAGAGCAAAUGCGUCAGAUGCGCGAGGUGGUGGAGUUGCCCCUGACAAACCCGGAACUCUUUUUGCGCGUGGGUAUCACGCCCCCAAAAGGAGUUUUGCUUUACGGACCUCCUGGAACCGGUAAGACACUUCUUGCAAAGGCGAUUGCGUCAAACGUGGAUGCCUCUUUUUUAAAGGUUGUGGCCUCCUCAAUUGUUGACAAAUACAUUGGUGAAUCGGCCCGUGUUGUGCGUGAAAUGUUUGCCUACGCACGGGAACACGAGCCCUGCAUCAUCUUUAUUGAUGAGGUGGAUGCGAUUGGUGGAAAGCGCAUUGAUGGUACUUCUUCUGAUCGGGAAAUUCAACGUACCCUGAUGGAGCUGCUGCACCAGUUGGAUGGCUUUGAAAAGCUUGGUAAGGUAAAGGUGAUUAUGGCAACGAACCGACCUGACACCCUUGAUUUGGCGCUCAUGCGACCUGGACGUCUUGACCGCAAAAUUGAAAUUGGUCUACCGAAUGAAGCAGGCCGGCUGGAUGUAUUAAAGAUUCAUGCAUCGAAGCUUACCAAACAGGGUGACAUUGACUACGAUUCUCUCGUGAAACUCUCAGAGGGAUUCAAUGGGGCUGACUUACGUAAUGUGUGCACUGAAGCCGGGAUGUUUGCUCUCCGCGCAGGUAGGGAUUAUGUGAUCAAUGAGGACUUCAACAAGGCUACGAGGAAGGUCGCUGAGUCAAAAAAGCUAGAGGGUGUCCCGCAUCAGUACGCUGAACAGUAA